GCGAAGGUCGGGACGUAAACAUGGCAGCCCGCAGUAUGCUGAGGUCUGCGUGGACCUCAUUUUCGGGCAUGAAAUUAGUGAACGUGAAGGUCCAACAGAGGAUAAAUGUUUCCAAACUACCGGCGUUAACCAUUCAGAGUCGAGGGGUCCGCCAAGUGGUGGAGAAGCAGGAGGGUAAAACAACAACGAUUGAGGGACAAGUAGCGAACGCUCCAGCAGGACCACAGCCUCCAAACCCCACAGCCAAGUGUCCCAUCUACAGAUGGAACCUGCAGCACAAAUACAACUACACGGAUGUCCUGUUGCUUAGUCAGUUCAUCAGGUCAGAUGGAGGGAUGAUGCCGAAGAGGAUCACUGGUCUCUGUCCAGAGGAGCAUCGCAAGAUUGCCAUCUGUGUUCAGAUGGCUCACAGAGCAGGUCUGCUCCCUGACCACAAACCCAAACUUCCAGAGGGCCACGUCCCAAAGAGGCCCAAGCCACAACUUAACAGAUACCUCACUCGCUGGUCCAUUGACACAGUGAAACCCAUAUAUAGAAGUGGGCUAAAGUGGUGUAAGAAGCGCAUGGAUGUUGGCGACCCAAUACUCAAGGACAAUGUGCGCUACGGUGUCAAGCGAGUUUCUAUGAAACACUGAAGGACAGAAGGCCCAACAAAUUGGUACAGCAACUGGAUGAGAGUGGGUGGGCCUUUUUGAAUGCGAAGACGCAGUUUCAAGUGGAUUGACUUUUGUGAUAUCCCCGUGGGAAAGGGCUUAAAAGCUUCUUCCAUCUGUAUUUAUUCUAUCUUUUUGUUUAUCAAGAUGCGUCACCCUCUUAAUGAAGCAUGCUCAGCCCCGACCCAGAACCAUCUUUUUCCAUCUCUGCUGGUUUUCAAAAAGCCCUUGAAGUGAACACUGCGACAACUUAAUGUGGGCAACAACUGGGUCAGUGUAACAGUUUCAAAGUAGGUGGUAUAUUGACUGUGUAUACGCAAGGCCACACAGAUGUGCAAAUAAAAUGUGUCUGCUUA